AAUGCACUAAAUAUAUAGGUGUUAAUACCUGAACCACUCGGAUUAGGAAAUAAUAGGAAUUUGUCUUAAUCCAAGUUGUAAAUAAACUCGUUAAUAUUGCUAUAAAUGCUUAAUGGAUAACUAAUUACAUCAGAAUUGUAGGAAUAAUUUUCAGAAAAUUAAUUAGAUUGAAGAAGUCAUUUAAACCAAAUUAAAUUACUUAGAAUAUCUUUAAUAUUAAUUGAGUUAGAAAUUAAAAGUAUUAGAAAAGGCUUGGCUUAAUUGGAUGACUGAACUUCAAUAGGAAUAAGCAAAAAUAGUGAAAAUCCUGGAGAGUUUAAAAAAUCAUAACUUUUUCUUACUUAAAUAAAAUCUACCCUCAGUAAUCUAAUUUUUUUUGAGUUUAUAAAAUGACAAUAAUCACAACAAAUUUUAAAAAGGUAGACAAUAGAAUAAAAAUUUUAGGGUUAAGAUUAGCAAAAUCCUGUGACUUAUUGAAUGCUAUCAAAAUAUUUGAUGAAAUUCUUAAAAAUGAUGAGAAAUAUCCAGAUUGCUAUUAUUAAAAAGGUUUUAUAUAAUGAUAAAUUAGGUUUGGCCUUGAUGAAGAUAGAUAAAAAAAGGUAAGAUUAUUUGUAAAAGUCUGUCGAGUGUUUUCGAAAAGCUAUUGAAAUGAAUAAGUUUCACUUUGAUGCCUAUAAAAAUUAAGGUUUUAUUCAAUUAUUUUUAGCUAGGGAUUUGUCUUUUUUAAUUGGAAUAAUAUGAUUAGGCAUUAAAGUGCUUCACUUCUGCAAUCACUUAUGGAAUUUAUGACAAAGAGUGUUUGCUUUACAAAGGUUACUUUUAUUUAAUUGAUAGCUAAAAUUUUACAAAAAAAAGACGAAAACUUCGAAGCCUGCAAUAUUUUGGACAAAAUAAUAAAUUAGGAUAGUCAAGAUUUAGAACCAUACUUUUACAAAGGUGUCUAUCUUAUAUAGGUUGAGGUUUAUCCUUAUAUCAUUUAAAAGAGUAUGAUAAGGCAUAGAGAUGUUUUGAUAAAGCUAUUAGUCUUGAUCCAAAUUAUGUUUAAGCAUAUCUCUUAUAGGGUAGUUUGAAUUUUAAAUCUUAGGUUAUUUGUUGCUUGAGUUAGAAAAAUUAGAUGAUGCUAGAGAUUACUUUGAUAAGGUGAUUGAAAUAGAUCCUUAGAAUUU